AUGGAUCCCAAGGAAAAUACCGGUGAAAUCGGCAGAAGAGACCCCUGGACAAAAGUUUGGAAUGGUGUAAGCUCGUUGUUAGAUUUUUUCGCAGUAUUGGAAAACCUGGGCGUGGUCGAUGAUAACCUAUACUUGAGUGGGAUACUAAGGAAGGUUUGGUUAUGUUAUUCAUGGAUCUCUGUGUUCAGGUGCGUAUGGAGACUGAUCAAGUUGUGUAGGGUGAAAUUCAAGAUUAACGAACGGCUGAAUGGCCAGGGGAAUGAGCUAAUAAAGGAAAAAUUGAUAAAUUUUGGUAAAAUGUAUAACGACCAAAUCAAACAAAUCACAGCCAAUUUAGUUCAAGAUUUAAGCUAUCUGAUGGUUUUAAUUUAUCCAGGAACGAGGUUAUUUAAAAGACUAUCAAAUGUAAUAACACUUUGUAGAAUAAUUAUAUAA